AUGAGGAAACUACUCCUACUAUUAGGAUACGUCUACCUAGUACAAGGUGGGCCAACCAAGAAACAGGUACUACUGGACCAACAGGCCGAUGCCUACGGCUACGAAUACGCUCAACGUGAACCAGCGCUAUCGCUAGCUAACUCCGGGGCCUAUUUGGACGCCGGUCCAGGAUUAUCCGCGGCUCCCGUUAGUCCUGGCCGUAGCCCACCGAAGCCAGGGUACAGUGUUGGCGGGCCUCUAGCCAACAUCGCGAAGGGUGCAGCGGACGAUGCUCACACUCAGCUGGCCAACCAGCAAUCAGCAGCUGGACAGGCUGCAUACGUCGCUAAGAACACUCUGGCCCAAGCUGCGGCCCAAUCAGCGGCUACCGCGGCCGCUGCGCUCGCUGGCAAGCAAAUCGUCGUUCAAGGUCUAGAGCAACAGUCAAGGGACGCCCAUGUAGCGGUCGACGGUGAGAGCCUGCAACUGCAACAGGCCGAACGUGCCGCGUCUGCAGCGAGAACCACAGCGAAACAAGCGAUGCAUCAGUUGCAAGUGAUCACUGCUGCUCUGAACGCAGCUCAAACCACGGUGGAUCGUGCGUCUCAGGCGGCAGCCGAGGCUGCAGCCGAGUUAGCCGCUCAGACCACUAUGCUCGGGCAAGCGAAGGCCAGAGCGGAAACCGUGGACGAACAAUUGUCCGCUGCACGUGUCGAUUACGGCAGCACUCAGGCGGCCGCGGACAAAGCCGCCACAGCGGCUGCGGCUGCGCAGAACAACGCACAAGCUGCUGCCGCGAGUGUCGCUGACACAGCCGGCCAGUCUGCGCUUCUGAGCCACCAACCGGUGGAACCAGCGCCGUCCGUGAAGCUUCCUCAAAGUCCUCUUCGGCAACCUGUGCUGCACAACGGUCCCGUUGGUCUUCAGGAAUCCGAAGCUAUCCUAGCAGCUGGUGGGCUUGAAGAGUCUGGUCUUCUGUCACCCGGCGUGCUAGAUGCUGGUGCUCUUCAGGCGGCAGGACGCCUUCGCGCGUCCAACGGACUUCAUCGUUCGGAACUGAUUAGCCUAGCGAACGCUAUACCCGCUGACGGUUACGAUACCAAAGGUUACCGCUACUAGCUUUCCCCUUUUGAUCGAACCCGCUACAGUGGAAUCUAGGUUUUGUUGCUCUUU